UCUGCCAAGGCCGGCAGAUAACAGGAGCCGGCUGGAGAAAGGAAUGCCUCUAGCAACUGUACCAGUAGCAGUGUCUGUGCAGAUGGAUUCGAUCUCCUGCUUCCACCUCUCCGUUCUGGGGCUCUUGAUCACCAACUUCUUUCUCCAAGGCACAGGAGAUUCGUUAAGCUGCCCCAGCGGCUGGCUGAGGUUCCAGAAGACGUGCUAUGGAGUCUUCAAUACAAGGCUAUCAUGGCAAGAUGCGGAAAAUGCAUGCCAGAAGUAUGGCGAGGGUGGCCAUCUCUCUUCCAUCCUCACCGAGGUAGAAGCUGUUUUGAUAAGUAGACACAUCAUGGACAAACGCCUGAGUUCAGAAGGAAUCUGGAUUGGACUACAUGACCCCCGUCGGAAUAGAAAAUGGAAAUGGACGGAUUUCUCCACAGUCUCUUACUUACCCUGGAACAGUGCCAGCCUUUACCCUUCAUGGACUGAAGCCUGUGCCAGUCUGGCAUAUGCCACAGGUGAGAAGAGUUUACAAAAUGGAAUGCGGCACCAUGUUCAGUAAAGAUGAGGUACAUGUGCAGUUUGCCACAGGAAUGAAAACAGCGGCAAGGGACACUUGGCCCCAGGACUCCUUAAACAACAAGGCCAGCAGAGAUCAACCCCUUUCCUUCCCAGGUCCCUGCAUGAGAGACGCCUUUCCCUCAUAGCCCUGAGGCGUUUUAUUUUAUGCUCAUGUAUUGCUAACUCACCUCAUUUAUUUGUUAUUCUGUAACUUCGAAGUAGCCUUGCUAAGUAAAGGGAAUUAACUAA